AUGGAACAAAAUUUACCCUCUAUUUCUUAUAAUCCUUCAGUAGAUGAAGAGAAAGAAACAGAGUUAGAAAAACUUGUUACUGAAGAAUCACCAGUACCAGAAGAAUUUUAUGAAAUUGAUGGUGAUAACUCUGAAUCUUCUUUAGUCAGAAUCUCAAGAGAACCAAAAAAACAAGUUGUACAAAAUGAAGGGACAAUGGCAAAGAUUAAAAAAAUUUGCUUGUUCCAAGUAUUCGGAUUUAAAGGAACUUUGAUUCAUGUUGUUGCACUUUAUUUGUUUAUGCUUGGUCUUCUUGGAGGACUAACAGGAACUACUAUGGAUAUUUGUAUUGACCAAAUUUCUAAAUUAAAGAAUUGGUUGUUACUAUUGUUUGAUGCUUCAUAUUAUAAAAUUAUUAUCUGGAUUCUUUUUACAAUAUGUGGUGGAACUUGUGCAUUUUUAUUUACAAAGUAUGUUUCACCAACAGCUAAUGGAUCUGGAGUCCCAGAAAUGAAAGUGACAUUAUUAGGAAACCAUUUCCCCAAUUUUUUAACAAUGAGAACAUUAAUAGCUAAAGUAAUUGGGUUAAUUUUUGCUAUUGGAAGUGGAUUAUGGUGUGGAAAAGUUGGACCUUCAAUUCACAUUUGUUCUUGUAUUGCUGCACAAUUGGCACAUCUUCCUUUUUUCCAUUUCAUUAGAGAAAAUAAAGAAUUAUUUGUUCAUAUGUUAGCAAUUGCUUCUGGAUGUGGUGUUGCUUCUACUUUUGGUUGUCCUAUUGGAGGAUUAUUAUUCUCAGUUGAAGUCACUGCAACUUAUUAUCCUGUUAGAAAUUAUUGGUUUGCUAUUUUCACAUCAGUUAUAUCAGCCUUUACAUUUAGAGCUGUAACAAACAUUUAUAAAGGAAGAGAUGGAUUAUUUACUGGAGUAAUGGCAAUUUCAUAUACAUUUGAACCACCAGGAAUAAAAGAAGCUAUUAUUGCUCUUAUUAUUGGUAUUAUUUGUGGGGUAUUUGCUAUUUUAUUUACUAAUGCAACAGGAACUAUUUUUGUAACACGUGCAUAUUUACGUAAAUUUUAUUUGGGAAGAAUUCCUUAUUUGUAUUUUAUUAUCUUUGCUACUCUUACUGGUGUUGUUACUGCUCCAUGGAAAAAUAAAUAUAAUGGUUUUGGUUAUUCAGUUAAUGUAACAUUAGGAUAUUUAUUUGGAAAUAAAUCAAUUGAACCUGUCUUUGGUCCUCAUUAUAUCACUGUUUUAGCAGUAUAUUUUGUUGCUCGUUUUACUAUCACUGCAUUUUCAAUUUCAUUACCAGUACCAGUUGGUCUUUUCUCUACUAAUGUAGUUGUAGGUGCAGUUCUUGGACGUUUAAUUGGAGAAAUUAUUAAUGAAUUAGGAAUUUAUAAUAAUUUAGGUCCUGGAGGAAUUGCUAUUAUAGGAGGAGCUUGUUUUGUAGCAUCAAUUACACAAACAUUUAGUGCGACAGUAGUUAUAUUAGAGUCUAUUGAUAAUAACCAAUUAUUACUUCCUAUUCUACUUGCUACUGUUGUAACAAUUUCAUUAUCAAGAUUUUUCACAGAAGGUAUUUAUGAUAAAAUUGCUAUAUCAAAGAAAUUACCGUUUAUUCCUGAUAUUCAAUAUUCAAUUCAUCAAACAGCAGAAAUGGUAAUGGAUGAAAACAUGUUUCCUGUUUCAGAAUUUACUACAAUUGAAGAUUUAAAAGAUAUCACAGAACAUUAUAAUACUUUAAAAGAAAAAAUUAUUCCUGUUAUUAAUAGUAAAGAAGGAGGAAUCCUUCUAGGACAAAUAAAGUUAAGUUCUAUUAGAAAAGUUUUAGAUUCUCAACUUUCUAAUAAACUUAAUGGUAAGUUUUUACUUAAUUAUAAAGAAUGUCCUUUGUUAUUAUUAAGACAUACUCCUUUAAGUGAAGUUCAUAUGCUUUUUAUUGCUGCCCAAGUAGAAUCUGCUUUUGUUACAAGUAAUGGUCGUCUUGUUGGAGAAAUCAAUAAAAAAUGUUUGAAUGAUGCCUUUAAUAAACAAAUGAAAAUUUUGUUCUAA